AUGCUUUUGAUGCUUAAAACACCAACGGAAGAUUCAGUGGAAGUGUGUUUUGCUUUUCUGAAACAAUGUGGCGCGAAACUGGCAGAGAUUGCCCCGCGUGCCUUGGGCAAUGUUUUCUCAAGACUUCGAAACAUUCUUGCUGAAGCGCAAUUGGAUUCACGUAUGCGUUAUAUGAUUGAAACUGUAAUGGCAAUUCGGAGAGAUAAAUUUGCGGACUACCCGGCUUUAAUUGAUGAACCCGGUCUUAUUUCGGAAGAGGACCAAAUUACACAUGCCCUUUCCCUUAAAGAUGCUCCGAUCCUGAAAAUAUGCUUAACAUUUUCAAACUGGACCCCGAUUUUGAGAAAAAUGAAGCUGCCUUCAACGAGAUCCGUGAACAAAUCAUUGGUGACGCCGGUGAAAGUGAAGAGGAAUAGGAUGAUGAAGAAAGUGACGACGAAGCAGCUGCAAACGCUCAACCUCAACAAA